AAUUAUUCUCCUCUACUUCAUCAGACUGAUCACCAUUAAUUAACAAUAUCGGCAGCACUUCGCAUUUCCUACUUAUACUCGCUCUGCAUGCGUUUACUUUUGGGGUUCGCAGUGAGUUUACUAUGGACGAUCAAACAGUAGCGGUGGCAGGCCUCGACCAGCUCGACUCCCGUUCAUCCUCCUACAACUCCCUACUCUCCCCGUCCUCCUCCUCAUUUCACUCCUCCUCCACUCCCCUUUCCUCCUCCUCCACCACCGCCGCCACCACCGCACUCCUCGUCUCCGAUUUAUCCUACACCGUCCUCCCCUCUGCCACCUCCGCUUUCAUCCGCCGCCGCCGCCGCCUCAGCAGCGGCCACUCGCUUCUAAAGUCUGUCUCCUUCGCUGCCGCCUCCUCCGAGCUCCUCGCCGUCGUCGGUCCAAGCGGUGCCGGCAAAUCCACUCUCCUCCGCGUCAUCUCAGGCCGCGCUGGGGCCUCCAGUUCCACUGCCGCCGCCUCCAUCUCCCUCGGCGGCCGGCAGCUUUCCAGCGCGGUCCACCUGCGGAAGCUGUGCGGGUUCGUUACCCAGGAGGACAACCUGCUGCCGCUUCUGACCGUGAGGGAGACGCUGGCGUUUAGCGCCCGGCUGCGGCUGCGGGGGGCGAGCGCCGUGGAGCGGGAGGAGAAGGUGGAGGCGCUGGUGAGAGAGCUGGGGCUGGAGCGGGUGGCGGACAGCUACGUCGGGGACGAGGAGCGGCGGGGCGUGUCCGGGGGAGAGCGGAAGCGAGUGGCCAUCGGGGUGGACGUGAUAGACGACCCGCCGUUACUGCUGCUGGACGAGCCGACGUCGGGGCUGGACAGCGCGUCGGCGCUGCAGGUCGUGCAGCUGCUGGCGGCGAUGGCGCGGACGAGGCGGCAGGUCGUCAUCCUCACCAUCCACCAGCCAGGCUAUCGGAUUCUUCAGCACGUCUCUACCUUCUUGCUCCUCUCCCACGGAAAGGUGGCUCACUAUGGCAGCCUGGAAUCUCUCACUCAGACGAUCGCAAUGUUAGGGUUCACAAUACCAACUCAACUCAAUCCUCUGGAAUUCGCCAUGGAGAUCACUCAGCAGCUAGAGGAUUACCGCGCCGCCUCUGCAUUCCCUCCCGAGGCAGAGGUAUACUACAACAGCAAGCUGAAUCGAGAUUCAACGUUAGAAGCAGAGACGCUGCUAUUUCACAGCAACUACUGCAGCCGCCUGGAGGAGAUCAGGACGCUGAGCUGGCGAUUCUGGAAGAUCAUCUACAGAACGAAGCAGCUGUUCCUGGCGCGCACCAUGCAAGCCGUGGUCGGCGGCGUGGGGCUCGGCAGCGUGUACCUGCACGUGAAGCCGGACGCCGCCGGCGUGGCCGAGCGGCUGGGCCUCUUCGCCUUCAGCCUCAGCUUCCUCCUCUCCUCCACGGUCGAGGCGCUGCCCAUCUUCCUCCAGGAGCGGCGCGUGCUGAUGCGCGAGGUGACGCGGAGCACGUACCGGCUCUCCUCGUACGUCGUGGCCAACACCCUCGUCUUCCUCCCCUUCCUCUUCGUGGUGGCGCUGCUCUUCGCCAUACCUGUUUACUGGCUCGUCGGGCUCAAUCCUUCCCUCGCCGCAUUCGCCUUCUUCGUUUUGGUGGUGUGGCUGAUCGUUUUAAUGGCGAGCUCCCUGGUGCUCUUCCUCAGCUCCAUCUCGCCGGAUUUCAUACUGGGCAACUCCCUCAUCUGCGUUUCCCUGGGGGUCUUCUUUCUCUUCUCCGGCUACUUCAUCCCCAAGGAGAGCAUCCCCAAGUACUGGAUCUUCAUGUACUACAUCUCCCUCUACAGGUAUCCGUUGGACUCCCUGCUCAUCAACGAGUACUGGAGCGCCAGGGACAAAUGCUUCUCCAGUAGCCAUGGAGGUGUCUGCUUGCUGACCGGCGGGGAUGUGCUGAGGGCGAGAGGGCUGGUCGAGGACUCCAGAUGGACGGACGUCUGGGUCAUGUGUUUCUUCUUCUUGAUUUACCGAGUUAUGUGCUGGAUUUUGCUGGUCAGGAAGGCUUCCAGGACUCUGCUCUAGCUCAUCGUGCAUGCAUUGCAUGCCCUGUGUGAAUUAAAAUCUUCAAGAAUUGAUCUGUUAUAUAUUUGUCGAGUUCUUUAUUCAAACAAUUUCAACUAAUUCUAAUGGAUUCCAUUAUUUUACUGUU